CGAACGGGAAUCGUGCGGCAUCGCGGAGCGACGGAACGGGGCACGCACGGUACGACACGGUACGGCACGGCACGGCACGUUGACGGGGCGACCGACACCGACACCGUCGAGGACGAGGCAAGGACCGAGCGACCCGUGUUGGAGCAGAUUCCGGCGUGCGCGGCGGCCGACGGGGGAAAAAACGGCGCGAGAAAAACAAACGGGGGAAGAACAAGGAGGUCAUUCGCGGCUCGAGUGUGUCAAGGAGCACGAUCACUCGUCGUCCUACAAGUUUUUGCAAAUGGAGCAUAACCACAAGAACCUGGACUGCUACUUCUUCUACUAUUCCACGUGCAAGAAGGGCGACUUUUGCCCGUACAGGCACGAACCGUCUGCUCUGGGUUGCGAGACCAUGUGCACGUACUGGCAGCAGGGAAAUUGCCUUAACGAACAUUGUAACUUCAGACACAUGGAAUUAAAGAAAAAUCGCAAAUUGAUUCCUUGUUACUGGGAAACACAGCCCGGAGGAUGUAGAAAGCCACAUUGUCCAUUUAUGCAUACGAGUCCACGCACUAUUUCUAGUGACCCCAUCAAUCCCGUGAAGACCGCGGAAGUAGCAACAAAAUCUCCGAAUCCAGAGUGGCUCAACCGUCAAGAUGACCCAAAGUAUGAGGGCAGCAGUACUACUGAAUCGGACCAAGGUAGAGGAAACAGCGAGGCUGGUAGUUUUAUCGGUAGUCCCGCCGUCGAUCCUCUCAUCGUCAAAUUCGAAGAAGAAUCCGAUAACGAAAGCGCACCGUCGCCGGUAAAAUCGCAGCCCAAGGUACCGUAUUGCAAGACCUACGAGCAGAUGAGACUUGAAGAGAUCCAGGCGGAGAGCGCGGCUUAUUAUUCGUACGAAGCCAGUAACGUCGAGGAACUUUAUCAGAGACAAGCGGGUAAAUCCAAUACGGCCGGGACUAAUCGUUGGGUCAGCCCGUCGAGAGUCAAGAAAGACGAGCCGACCAAGGAAUUGAGCUUUAAGGUGUUGAGCCUGGAAGAGAUCCGGCAACGAAAGAAGGAGAGGGAGUCGGCUGUUAAGACACCGACGGACGCAACGUCUGUCUCAGAGUCUUCUCCGCCGCCGGUCGAAGCGAGGGUCUUGAAGAGGCGCUCCAUCGACGAGCAAUGCUCUAAGGAGAGCGUCAGUCCGGCGAAGAGGUGCAAGGUCAGCUCCGAGCCGGCCCGGAAUAGCGAACCUGUCGUCAAGGCGCGACCGGUGAAACUGCGAAGAUCUCUGAAGAGCGCCCCGAGGGAGACCGAGACACAGCCGUGUGGGGACGUGGCGACGAACGAUGACCAGGCCUUCGGUUGCGAGAGGCGAGAGAGCCACGGCGACGAGUCGGUUAACAGAAGAGUCGACGUGGAGAUCAGGCUGUGCGACAGCAGCACGAACGAGGAGAAAACUCAGACGCAACUGGAUCAAACGACGGAGGACAGGAAGUCGGUUGCCACGUAUACGACGGAGGACAUCAUGAGUGCCGCGUUAUUGGACGUCGGCCAGCCGUAUACGCAAACCGACGAAGAGUACCUGAAGCUGGACACGUCGUCCGACGAUAUUAUGCGGGACAUUGAGGACUUGCUCAAGUAGAAAAGCACGGAUCGAGCGACUUCGACCCCGAGUCCACGCUAAUAAAUAGAUACCCAGUGCGCAUUUCUUCUUUCCACAAUGUUUAAAAAGAUUUCACAUAAAAAUAAUUUGUAUACUUGAGAGUACUUGUACAAAUACAGAAUUAUGUAAAGUUACUCAC